GGAAUCCCACUCAGUUCGAUUGCUAGCGGUGGCGCACCGACAGAAGUGCCCGUCAGGAUACAGCGCUAAAAUUUUCCGUAACAUUUCCUGUCUGCUCUCACGCCAGUAUUUUAUUCCUUGCACCAGUUUGGCUUUGUGCGGAAAAGCCUUACAAAUUGAAAGCUGAAUCGAAAAUCGCUGGCGGCGGUGCUCUGUGGUGGAAAUGCUACGGCUGGUGAAAUGUGGGCGUGUUGGCGUAAUGCUACUGCUGAUGGGGAUGUCACCGUGGGCUGCUGCUGAAUCAGGGGAUAAACUUAUUUCGCCUGAGGAGGCCAGGUCGAACGUCGAUGAUUCUUCUGCUCCGCGUAUUGUGGGUGGAUCUGCGGCUAGCCCCAAUCAAUUUCCCCAUCAGGUGGCUUUGCUGAGGCAAGGAUCUCUGUUUUGCGGUGGAUCAUUGAUUACGAACAAGUGGGUGCUUACGGCGGCACAUUGUGUCUACAAUGGAAAUCAAGUCAUACAGCCGUCAUUGGUAACUGUUCUGGCUGGAACGGUCACCCUAAGCCAGGGUGGCGUUAGCCGAAGUGUGCGUAGAAUCAUACCUCAUGAGCGCUAUGCGAACUUCCGUAACGAUGUUGCAGUGAUGGAAUUGCAGCAAGCGUACCAACUCAGCAAUUCAAUUUCAACAAUCGCACUGCGAAGAACAGCGGUACCCAGUGGCAGCACAGUUAUAAUAUCGGGAUGGGGUCGACUGUAUAAUAACGGUCCCCUACCAAGAGUUCUUCAGUAUAACCAAGCAACGGCUCUGUCAAGAUUCACCUGUGCUGUGGAAACCGGCUUCAACGUUGGAUUACUAUGCCUGAAGUCUCCCGUUAAUAACGGUGCUUGCAAUGGUGAUUCUGGUGGUCCAGCAAUCUUCAACAACCAGCUUGUGGGAGUAGCAAACUUUGUCAUCAAUGGAUGCGGAUCAUCCCGGGCCGAUGGUUACGCACAGGUAUCGGAUUUCGUUCAGUGGAUUGAAUCGAGAACCAAUUAAACCGGCUGUUCACACUCUUGCACACAAUCAACAGUUACAGGAUAUGAACAACGUGACAUGCAAGGAUUAUGGACCUGAUGAUGUUUGUUGAGUAGUUUUCUGAGUAAAAUAUACGUAACUAGAAGGUUGUAACAAUUUA